GCUGUCAAAUUCUGUAUUAUUGUCGAAUACUCAGACCGGAUACAAACACAAAUCAACACUCGGAAGACACCCACCACAGUGAAUGACUUGCUUCUUCAUUUCCUGGUACAGAACUCUUUUGCAGAUGUAAUAACCCCGGACUUUGGGGAAACUAUGUUUUUAAGCUUCACUGACCAGACUCACUUACAAACUGUACAGUCCAGGUGGGCAGGCUGAUUGGACACAAAGAAGGUGUGUUACUUGGAAGAAGAGGAGUCUGUCUCAGUCACCAGCCAAUCAGGUCAAACGGGAGUCUAGAAAUAGGGAGUUAUUGCAACAGGAAUGUCAGUCCUUCCUCAGAGAAGGCUGCUGUGAAGCGGAUUGACCUGUCUACACCAGCAGCAGCAGGUCUGUCCUGUCUACACUGACAGCAGCAGGGCUCGUGAGGGGAUGUCAGCACUGUGUUCCACAGGUGAGAGAGGAAGCAGGACUAGUCUAUAAACUGGGAGACACCUUGAGUUAUCCAUAGCACAGCUGAGACCCUCUAGAACUAACAAGACAUCGUGUGAUGUCCACUUAACCCACACGUGAAGACACUUAGCAGAAAAAGCUCUGUGAGAUCCCUGACAGAGGCUGAGGCUGGAUCCAAGAAACCACAAGAGGGCAGACAUCCAGGAGAGUCCAAGAAGGUGCUUAUCAAGGUCCAUCAUAACAGGACGAGGGCAGAGCGACGCGAGGAGAUCUUCUAGAGAAGCAUGUCUGUGGUGAAUGACACCAGGCUGGAGUCCCUGCUAGCCUCGCUGCUCCAGGAGUACCUGAACAGGACUGCAGCGGGGGGCAGAGCGACACCGCAGAAUGAGAGCAUGGGGACCCUCUACAUCGUGCUCAUGAUGGGCUUCUUCAGCUUCUUCACCUUCGCCAUCAUGCUCAGGUACAUCCGCUCCAAGAAGCUGGAGCACUCCCACGACCCCUACAACCUGUACAUCGCCAACGACUGGGCCGCAGGCAACUCCGCCUUGACCCACACCAACACCAGCAACAGCGGCUGGGUCAUCCACAACCACAUGGUGACAGAAGGGGCCGUCCGGCACAUCCCCGGGUGACCAGCAGGGAGAAGUGUGUGUGUGUGUCUGGACACUGAGAAGCAACCUUGAUUUGCUGCUUCAAAGCACAUACAGAGCAGCUGGUUUUGAAAACUGUGUGUGUACGUGUGUGUGUGUGUGUGUGUGUGUGUGUGUGUACCUUGCAUUGUGUUGACCAGUGUUGUCCACACACUGAUGGCAUUUAGGUUGUAACGCUAGUGGGAGAUGAUGCAAGACCCAAUUGUGUUUUUUAAAUAAAACAUUCAAUGCAG